UCGAGUGGGGCAAAAAAAGUCUCGCCUGCUCAGUUCUGCCAGCGAAGUGAUCGCGAUCGUGUGACUCAACGCCACUGGCAUUUAUGAAAUUCUCUCAGAGACAGUCUCAGUGAGCGGACGAAAAUGCGCGGAUCGACGGAAUCGGGCGGCCUCAAGACGGGUGUGAUUGACUUCACGGCGGGAUCGCUGGGCGGAGUGGCUUUGGUGUACGUGAGCCAGCCUCUGGACACGUGCAAGGUGAAGAUGCAGACCUUUCCCACCUUCUAUCGCGGCAUGAUCCACUGCCUGAUCGAGACAUUCCGCAAGGACGGGAUCUGGCGCGGCCUCUACGCCGGCUCCAUUCCGGCCGUGGUGGCCAAUGUGGCGGAGAACUCAGUAUUAUUUGCCGGCUACGGCGCCUGCCAGAAGCUCGUGGCCGUGGUGGAGAAGAAAGACAACAUCAAGGACUUAUCACUGAUUGGAAACGCCACCGCCGGCUUCCUUGCCGCCUUCUUCUCCUCCUUCACCCUCUGUCCCACCGAGCUGGUCAAGUGCAAACUCCAGGCACUGCGGGAGAUGCAUAAUCAGCAGAAGACUACGCAGCCGGACGCCAAGUUAUCUCACAUAUCGCCUUAUAGGCUCACACGUGAUAUUCUCAGGAAAGAAGGGAUCCCUGGCCUGUUUCGGGGUCUCACGUCCACCUUUGCCCGCGAAAUGCCCGGCUACUUCUUCUUCUUCGGCGGCUACGAGGGCGCGCGGCAGCUCAUGACGAAGCCCGGCCAGUCUAAGGACGAUAUUGGGCCACUGAGAACCAUGGCAGCGGGCGCGUUUGGCGGGGUUGUGCUGUGGACAGUGAUCUUCCCGGCGGACGUGAUCAAGAGCCGCAUUCAGGUGGCGAGCCUGAGGACAAGCAUGACGCAAGUUGGCCUGCAGAUCUAUCGCACGGAGGGACUUUUGGCACUGUACAACGGAUUGCUGCCGUCCGUCAUCCGCACGAUUCCCGCCACAGCGGUGCUCUUCCUCGUCUACGAGUAUUCCAAGAAGCUGAUGACGGAGCUGUUCUAGAGAAACGAUUUAUUAAUCUACAGGACUCUGUGCUGGACAUUGACUACUGUUGACUCUUCAGGAGGCUCUUCAAAUACACCGUGCGAUCAUCUGGCGUCGCCAGUUUCCGCCAAGUAUACCAGGGAAUCUGAAAAGGGAUGGAAUUGGAUUAAAAUACAAUUUAAGGAUUUAAGGAA